GCCGGGAGCGGCGGGCGGAGGCGGUGCUGCUGCAGUGCGGGACCGCUCACCCUCCCGCGUCCCGCGUCCCGGCGUCCCCGCGCAACCGCCUCCAGGCUCCGGCGCAGCGCACCCAGGACGCAGGGCGCCGGCACCAUGGCCUCGCCACCGGCCCCCCCGCUGGAGGAGGACGAGAGCCUGCGCGGCUGCGAGCUGUACGUGCAGCGGCACGGCGUCCAGCAGGUGCUGAGGGACUGCAUCGUGCACCUGUGCGUCGCCAAGCCCGAGCGCCCCAUGCGCUUCCUGCGCGAGCACUUCGAGAAGCUGGAGAAGGAAGAGAACAGACAGAUUUUGGCUCAGAAGUCGGCCUCCCAGUCCGACUCGCACGACGAGGAGGGCUCCCCGACGCUGCCGAACCCCGUGGUGAAGGCCCGCUGCCGCCGCGGGGGCGUGAGCGCCGAGGUGUACACGGAGGAGGACGCCGUGUCCUACGUCCGGAAGGUCAUCCCCAAGGACUAUAAGACCAUGACGGCGCUGGCCAAGGCCAUCUCCAGAAACGUGCUGUUCGCUCACCUGGACGACAACGAGAGGAGCGACAUAUUUGACGCCAUGUUCCCGGUCACGCACAUCGCCGGGGAGACUGUCAUCCAGCAAGGGGACGAAGGCGACAACUUCUACGUCAUCGACCAAGGAGAGGUGGACGUGUACGUGAACGGAGACUGGGUGACCAGCAUCAGCGAGGGCGGCAGCUUCGGGGAGCUGGCGCUCAUCUACGGCACCCCCAGGGCGGCGACCGUGAAGGCCAAGACGGAUCUCAAGCUCUGGGGCAUCGACCGCGACAGCUACCGCCGCAUCCUCAUGGGCAGCACGCUGCGGAAGCGCAAGAUGUACGAGGAGUUCCUCAGCAAGGUCUCCAUCCUGGAGUCCCUGGAGAAGUGGGAGCGCCUGACGGUGGCCGACGCCCUGGAGCCGGCCCAGUUUGAAGACGGAGAGAAGAUCGUGGUUCAGGGGGAGCCCGGUGACGACUUCUUCAUCAUCACGGAGGGCACCGCCUCGGUCCUCCAGCGCAGGUCCCCGAACGAGGAGUACAUGGAGGUGGGGCGCCUGGGGCCCUCCGACUACUUCGGGGAGAUCGCGCUGCUCCUGAACAGGCCCCGGGCGGCCACCGUGGUGGCCCGGGGCCCCCUCAAGUGCGUGAAGCUGGACCGGCCCCGCUUCGAGCGCGUGCUGGGGCCCUGCUCCGAGAUCCUGCAGCGGAACAUCCAGCGCUACAACAGCUUCAUCUCCCUCACCGUCUGAGCCCCCGCCGCCCGCCGCCCGCCGCCCGCCGCUCCCGUGUGCCGGCUCGUCUGUCCCGGCAGCCUGGGGACUGCUCCCCCGCCCCCGAGCUCACACGUGGAGUAGGACAGUCACCGCGCAUCUUAGAAACAAGGGCAACCAGACGCACCCCAGGCUGAGGCGGUGCAGCUGCCCCUCCCCAUGCGCAUCCCGUCUCCCCGUGCUCUGUGGGCUCGUCCUGGGGUCCCCCACUCCCUCUCUCGUCUCCUGGGGGACGCAGAACCGUGCUCACGCCCUGUGGCCGUCCAGGCGGCCCCAUGGGGGCGGUCUGGGUCCUGCUGGAGCCGAGGGGCUGGGGCCACGGCCUCUCUGGUCACCGUCCUCUCCGGGGGCCGCCCAGGCAGCAGCCAGGGUCCCAGGUGGCCGGUUCUGGACCCUGACGUGGGACGAUGGUGUCCAAGGGGGUGUCCCACUCCCUCCUCGGGUCCCGUGGAAGCCACAGGAGGCCCCACAGGACGGUCUCGUGGGUGAGUGGGCGUGACGCCUAUGUUGGGCAGCCGUGUCAGCUGGCCUGGGACACCGGCCGCCUCGCCAGACAGUCCUCGGCCACGGCGCCCCUUGCUGGGCCAGGACGCCCGGGGUGGGAAGGAAGCUGAGACCCGGAGCCUCCCCGACCCGCGGGCACUGGUCUCGGUGUGGGGCCCGGAAUGACAUCUGCUGGUCCCGAGUCGCAGAGCAGCUUCUGGGGGACCUGGAGAAGAAGAGGGGGGCCCCCCAGACUCUCUCUGGACAAAGUGGUCAGAACCAAAGUGAGACGGGGCCUCACCCUGUGCCGGUCACUGUGGGAACUCCAGUCCCCAGGGCCCCCCACACACCAGUCAGCUUCGGCUCAACCCCCCCCAAACGCAUCUUCAGCCCAUACAGGCCCGGCUGUGCCCGUGCAGGCCGCCCGGUGGAUUCUGGUGGCCGAGACAGAGCGGACACCCUGCCGUGAGCCCGCCGUGGCCCCUGCCCAUGUGCGUCUGGGCGCGGCCCCCCAGCAGCGGGCCUCGGCCGCGGUGGCCGUGCCGUGUGACGCUGCGUCCUGUGCUGCGGGGCCGUCCAGUGUGUGGCGAGCUGCCCCCCACCUCACACCGACCGGGGCGUGUCCUCUCUCCAGCCGGAGAGCAGGCCUUUCCCUCUCUGUGUAUUUUGGCGAACACCCCCGACAGGACGUUCCCCGCCUCGGCCGUGUCUAAGUGUCACGGCCGUGGGCACGCCGCGUGAGGACCCCGCUGUGGGGCCGUCACCACCGCCCACGUCCGGAGCUCAGCGUCCCCCCGGACGAGCCUCCGUCCCCACGAAGCCCGCCGCCCCCGCCCGUCUCUGUGCGGAACCGCGUUUGAUGUGUUCACUUCCCCCAGUCUGUCCAAACUGCGCUCGUCCCAGCCUCCCAGUAUAAACGUUG